CACCAGCCUGCGUUUCCCUCUAUUAUUUUCCACUCAGUUUCUCGCAGUUUAAAAUGGCGGCGUUGAGCAGCGCCGAGUCCCCACCGCCCGUCUUUAACGGAGACACCGUGGAGCGGGAGCCGGGCAGGGAGCGGGGCCUGGAGGAGCUGGGUGCCGGGCUGGACUCCUCCUGCACGUCGGGGAUCCCCGGAGGUCCGCAGGAUGAGGAGAUCUGGAAUAUCAAACAGAUGAUUAAGUUGACACAAGAACACUUAGAGGCCCUUCUGGACAAGUUUGGAGGAGAACACAAUCCUCCUUCCAUAUAUCUAGAGGCCUAUGAGGAGUACACCAGUAAACUGGACGCCCUGCAGCAGAGGGAGCAGCAGCUGCUGGAGGCCAUGGGCAAUGGUACAGACUUCUCCUGCUCUCCUUCUCCUGUGCCAGCCCUUCUGGAGGUCAAGAUGGGAGGUUGUGGGGUUGGGGGUGGGGCCCAGGCCUUUCCAUCUGCCCCCAACACCUUGGCUGUCCUGCAGACCCCUACUGACGCCAGCCGAGCCAACCCUCGCUCCCCCCAGAAGCCCAUCGUCAGGGUCUUCCUGCCCAACAAACAGAGAACAGUGGUCCCGGCCCGCUGUGGGAUGACUGUGAGAGACUCGCUGAAGAAAGCUCUGAUGAUGCGAGGCCUCAUUCCAGAGUGCUGUGCAGUGUACAGGAUACAAGAUGGAGAGAAGAAACCAAUUGGGUGGGACACAGACAUCUCCUGGCUGACAGGAGAGGAGUUACAUGUAGAAGUGUUGGAGAAUGUUCCGCUCACCACACACAACUUUGUGAGGAAGACCUUCUUCACUCUGGCCUUCUGUGACUUCUGCAGAAAGCUGCUGUUCCAGGGUUUCCGCUGCCAGACCUGUGGCUACAAGUUCCACCAGCGCUGCAGCACCGAGGUUCCUCUCAUGUGUGUCAACUACGACCAACUAGACUUGUUGCUAGUGUCCAAGUUCUUCGAGCAUCACCCGUUUACCCAGGAGGAGGUCUCCUCAGAGGGAACCACCCCCGUGUCUGAGGCCUGUCCAUCACUCCCCCCAUCUGACUCCACCGGGUCUAUAUGCCACACCACUGUGUCCCCGUCCAAGUCCAUACCCAUCCCGCCCAGUUUCCGGCCCAAUGAAGAGGACCACCGCAACCAGUUUGGCCAGCGGGACCGUUCGUCCUCCGCUCCCAACGUCCAUAUCAAUACCAUCGAGCCUGUCAACAUUGAUGACCUGAUUCGAGAUCAGGGCUUGCCAAGGUCAGAUGGAGCCCCCCCGACCCACCCCGCCCGCUGCUUGAGGAAGCACCGAACACGGACCUCAAGCCCCCUCCUAUACUCCUACCCCAAUGACAUAGUGUUUGAUUUUGAGCCCGAGCCUGUUUUCCGAGGCUCCACCACAGGGCUGUCGGCCACGCCUCCCGCCUCUUUACCUGGCUCUCUGACCAAUGUCAAGGUUCCACAGAAGUCGCCGUGCCCGCAGAGGGAGCGCAAGUCGUCGUCCUCGUCUGAGGACCGCAAUAAGAUGAAAACCCUGGGGAGAAGGGACUCCAGUGAUGACUGGGAAAUCCCUGAGGGUCAGAUCACUCUGGGUCAGAGGAUAGGCUCUGGAUCCUUUGGAACUGUCUUCAAGGGAAAGUGGCAUGGGGACGUGGCGGUGAAGAUGUUGAAUGUCACCGCUCCCACACCACAGCAGCUUCAGGCCUUCAAGAAUGAAGUGGGAGUCCUCAGGAAAACGCGUCAUGUGAACAUCCUGCUGUUCAUGGGCUACACCACCAAGCCUCAGCUGGCCAUCGUGACCCAGUGGUGUGAAGGCUCCAGUCUGUACCACCACCUGCACAUCAUCGAGACCAAGUUUGAGAUGAUCAAGCUGAUUGACAUCGCCCGGCAGACCGCUCAGGGCAUGGAUUACCUGCACGCCAAAUCAAUCAUCCACAGAGAUCUGAAGAGCAACAAUAUUUUCCUCCACGAGGAUCUGACAGUGAAAAUUGGGGACUUUGGUCUGGCUACAGUCAAGUCCCGCUGGAGUGGCUCCCACCAGUUUGAACAGCUGUCUGGCUCUAUACUGUGGAUGGCUCCAGAGGUGAUCCGGCUGCAGGACAAGAAUCCCUACAGCUUUCAGUCGGACGUCUACGCGUUUGGCAUCGUCCUGUACGAGCUCAUGUCAGGAGCACUGCCCUACUCCAACAUUAACAACAGAGACCAGAUCAUAUUUAUGGUAGGUCGAGGUUACCUGUCUCCUGACCUCAGCAAGGUGCGCAGCAACUGUCCAAAGGCCAUGAAGAGACUGAUGGCCGACUGCCUGAAGAAGAAGAGAGAGGAGCGGCCUCUCUUCCCUCAGAUCUUGGCGUCCAUCGAGCUGCUUGCUCGCUCAUUACCCAAAAUCCACCGCAGCGCCUCAGAGCCUUCGCUAAACCGAGCUGGCUUUCAGACGGAGGACUUCAGCUUGUACGCCUGCGCCUCACCCAAAACCCCCAUCCAGGCCGGGGGCUAUGGGGAAUUUUCGGCAUUUAAGUAAGUGCUGCAGAUCCCACCAGUCCAUCCCUCGUCACUUCUCAAAAGUCUCGUGUCCAUGCGGUGGAUUCAUUCAUUACUGAAAAAACUGAAAAAAUUGUCUCAAAGAAUGUGCUUUUUUCUUCCUCUGUCCACCUGAAGAAGGCGGCCUCACUGGAGUCCUUCCAACAAAAUGCUGUCCAGCAGGCAAACAGCCACAGCGACAGACAAAACUGAAUUAGGAAAAAUGAAAAUUAAAAAAAAGAAAAGAAAAAAAAGAAACUUGAAUCUCACAAAAAGAAAGAAAAAAUGACACAAAGAUAUCCAUACUAAAACGGUUUUGAGGAGGAGACGGCAUACUGCCUGCUGGAGGGAGAAGAUGAAGGCAAAAGGGAGGAGAGACGGAGGUGAAACGUCAACAGAAGUCUGGGCUUAAGGCGCCACUCGUCCCAUCAUUUCCUGCGCGAGUGAAGAUGGAGGCCGCUGAACUGCUCUUUGAGCGCCGGCAGAAACGGGGCCUGUGGAAGGAGAAGAGGCCUCCCGUCCGUCGGGUGAGAUAGAAGGCCGGGCGUCAGCCAGCCGACCCCGAGAUGAGCUGGAGGUUACUCGGCAGGGUUUUAACCCCUGAAGGAAGCUGACUUGAAAGAUAGAUCUAUUUUUAUUUUUUAAUUUCUCAUGUUUCAGAUUUUAGCUAGCACUUGCUAGAAAUGCUGAGCUUUUUUUUUGUCAUUUGUUACUUUUGAAGAGAUGGUAGCUAUUUUAGAAGAAAGCUUUCCUUCCGGUCAUGCAGCACAGGCCCUUUGCUUUUUUUUGUCUUUGUGGGCUCGAUGCUGACCAAAAUUCUGCAAAAUACUGUAUUUUGCCUUCUUGUUGGCCUCCGACAAAUUCAACACCAGUGAGGAAACUGCAACAGAUGUUUAUCAACGAACAGAUUCUGCUCUACCUUUUCAAAAAUUUCAAAAUAAAAGCUGGAGAGAAGUGGUUCUCUCCAUAGAUUUUCGGUAGAAAAGUCCAGAGCCUGUGCUUUUCCACCAACAAGAGGAUGCUCAUUUGUUCGGCGAUGAAAGCAACAAGAGAGGGAUUUUUUCAUUUUGUUUAAAAAGCUUGGUCUAAGCCAACAAAUGAGAUGAUUAGCAUUCUCUAGAGGUGUUGAUUGUGCUCCGUGACGCUCUACCUUAUCGAAGGAUUUCAUGUUAAUGUGAAAGCAGCCGAAGUGAUUUUUCAGUGGGAAAAGUUUGACAUGUUCUGGAGCUGUUCACAGCGAGGAAAACUGCAGAUUUGUUUGGUGAUGGAAGCCACACGAGAGGGGUUUCUUCUUCUGUUUUAAGAGCCUGGUGUAAGCCAAGCUAGUGCCCAGCAUUUACACUGAGCUAAGGAGUGUGUACAGUAAGUUGUUACACAGCAUCUUUAAAGCUUUUCCUUUGCUUCUCAUGUUUUUUUCCACAAAACCCAGCCUUUUUUUGUGAUACCAAGUGCAUGUCGUGUCAUUUUCCCUUUUUUUUUUCUCUUCCCUAUUUUGAUCAUGUGGCUUUAAUAUUGCACUCAGCUUACAAUGGGGACCUUACUUGUUGCAGCUGCUGACUGAUGCAGCCGCAGCGUUACCUGCUGAAAGGACCGGUGAUCCUCUGGAGCUCUGUUAGUCAUUUCAAUCACCUUUUUACUUUCUCUACACACAUGCACCUGUAUUUUUUCUCAUUCCAGCGUGUGUUGAGGGUUGUAGGUGUUAUUACAGGUUCUUUUUAUUUUGUUAUCGUCGAUGUUUGCCUUUUUCUGUACAGGCAGGCCUGCAGAUAUUUACUUAUUUAUGUGAUUUUUUUUUUUUGGUUUUGUUUUAUGGAUUUAUUUUCAGAACCGCUUUAUUUGAAGCUAUCAGUCUUUCUUUUGACGCUUGUUUUAGUCUCUGUGACUCGUGUACUUGCACUUUGUAAAGAUGGAUCGAAGCAAAUGAGCGACUUGCCUUUUCUUUUUUUUUUCUUUUUUUUUUAAUUGAAGAAUAAAUUGUGACAUACAGAGCUGAUGACCCAAAAUUCAAUUUCCAAUGCAUGAGCCAUCUGCAGGGACUGAACUGUGAAUUUUUGCUGGGAAGGCUCAGAUGUCAUCUAAAGACUGUCUUUGAUCAGGCUUCCAGCAGCCGAGUAUGUCACCACACCUACAGUGAUGGGAGCUGAGUGAAUGAGACUGCUGGGCUGAUAAAGGGAUGUUGUGGAGGUAGAGCACACAGCUGAAGCUUCUGUCCCGACACUGACAGACUGGUUCCUCUCAUUCAUCAAGGAUCGUUUUAUGUCUUUCCAUCAUUAACUAACCCCCACAGCAACGGUGUUACACAUUUUGUUGCCUCCCUUUUACAGAGCAGUCUAACAUGUUAGGAAAUAUACUUAUUUGUUAUCUUAUUGACCAGUCAUCAUCAUUGUGCGACCAGGACAGAGAUAAGGCUGCUGGGAGUUUAGCCUAGCUUAGCACAAAGACUGGAAGCAGAGGGAAACAGCUAGCCCUGACCCAGGACAGUCUUAGCACUCAUCAAGGCCCAGGAUCACUACCUAAUUUGGACAUUUGUCACUGUGCACUGAAAGGAGCAUGUUGAAAAUACAAACUGGCAGGAAAUGUUCAUUGUAACUUAACUGGUGGGAUAAGCUACGCCAGGUAGAGACUAAAAUGAUUUACCUUAAGAAAAGCCUCUUCUAAGUCAAUAGUUCUGCUCCGUCUGUGAAUGAACAUUAUUUGCAGGGACUUUUUUGUUACUUUUUACUCCACCUGCUGAUCUUUUUUUU